AUGUGGUAUCGAAUUGUAUCCUUAGUGCUGUUGCUACUGUGGCUCAUUGACACGGCAUCCGCGGGAUUUCCUAAUCAGAUUAAUAUCGGGGGUCUCUUCAUGCGCUCCACGGUGCAGGAGCACAGCGCCUUCAGGUUCGCGGUCCAACUCUACAACACCAACCAAAACGCCACCGAGAAGCCUUUCCACCUCAACUACAACGUGGACAACCUGGAGUCCUCCAACAGCUUCUCGGUCACCCACGCGUUUUGCUCCCAGUUCUCCCGGGGAGUGUACGCCAUCUUCGGAUUCUACGACAAAAAGUCAAUGAACACUUUGACGUCAUUCUGCGGAGCUCUGCAUACUUCCUUCGUCACACCCAGUUACCCCACUGACAACGAGGUGCAGUUCGUCAUACAGAUGCGUCCCGCACUCCGAGGAGCAGUCCUAAGUCUGAUUUCUCACUACAAGUGGCAGAAGUUUGUCUACCUCUAUGACACAGACCGAGGCUUCUCCAUACUGCAGGCCAUCAUGGAGGCGGCAGUGGCCAACAACUGGCAGGUGACCGCUCGCUCCGUCAGCAGCACUACGGAUGCGGCGGAGUUCAAACGCAUCAUCGAGGAGAUGGACAGGAGGCAGGAAAAGCGCUUUGUGAUUGACUGUGAGGUGGACAGGAUCAACACCAUAUUAGAGCAGGUCGUGGCAUUGGGGAAGAACAGUCGAGGCUACCACUACAUUCUGUCCAAUCUUGGAUUUUCUAAUGUGAGUUUGGACAAAGUCUUCGCCGGAGGAGCCAACAUUUCAGGGUUUCAGAUAGUCAACCCUGAGAACCCCAUUGUGCAGCAGUUUAUGCAGCGCUGGGAGCGGCUAGAUGAAAGAGAAUUCCCAGAAGCCCGGAAUGCUCCUCUGAAGUACACUUCAGCACUCACCCAUGAUGCCAUCCUGGUGAUAGCAGAGGCCUUCCGGUACCUGCGGCGCCAACGGGUGGACGUCUCACGCCGUGGCAGCGCCGGCGACUGUCUUGCCAAUCCUGCUGUACCUUGGAGCCAAGGCAUCGAUAUUGAGAGAGCUCUCAAAACGGUCCAAGUGCAGGGGAUGACGGGCAACAUCCAGUUUGACAAUUAUGGCCGUCGAACCAACUACACCAUAGAUGUGUAUGAGAUGAAAAUAGGAGGGCCAAGGAAGAUCGGGUACUGGAACGAGUUCACGCGCUUUGUAAAUAUUAUGGAUCCACAGGUCACCAACGACUCCUCAGUGGAAAACCGAACGAUUGUGGUCACUACUAUUAUGGAAGCUCCUUAUGUGAUGUACAAGAAAAAUUAUAUGCAUCUGGAGGGGAAUGACAGAUAUGAAGGCUACUGCGUCGAUUUAGCGUCUGAGAUUGCCAAACAUGUUGGAAUUAAGUACAAACUGUCUAUAGUAAUGGAUGGGAAGUAUGGAGCCCGAGACCCCGAGACCAAGGCAUGGAACGGGAUGGUGGGUGAACUGGUCUAUGGGAGAGCAGAUAUAGCUGUUGCACCUCUCACCAUUACUUUGGUUCGAGAGGAAGUGAUAGACUUUUCCAAGCCAUUUAUGAGUUUGGGCAUCUCCAUUAUGAUAAAGAAGCCUCAAAAGUCCAAGCCUGGUGUUUUCUCCUUCCUGGACCCACUGGCCUAUGAGAUCUGGAUGUGUAUAGUAUUUGCCUAUAUUGGGGUGAGCGUGGUUUUGUUCCUGGUCAGUCGGUUCAGUCCUUAUGAAUGGAACCUUGAGGAACAGGAUGAGACGAAAGACCCUCAGACACCCCCUGAUCCUCCCAAUGACUUUGGGAUCUUCAAUUCUCUGUGGUUCUCACUGGGCGCAUUCAUGCAACAGGGCUGUGACAUCUCACCAAGGUCUCUCUCUGGCCGUAUAGUCGGCGGUGUGUGGUGGUUCUUCACCCUCAUCAUCAUCUCAUCCUACACAGCCAACCUGGCUGCCUUCUUAACAGUGGAGAGGAUGGUCUCCCCUAUAGAGAGCGCUGAAGAUCUGGCAAAGCAGACAGAGAUAGCAUAUGGUACUCUGGACUCAGGCUCCACUAAAGAGUUUUUCAGGCGAUCCAAAAUAGCGGUAUAUGAGAAGAUGUGGUCAUACAUGAAAUCGGCCGAACCAUCAGUGUUUGUUAAGACCACACCCGAUGGCGUGGCCCGGGUACGAAAGUCAAAGGGCAAGUUUGCCUUUCUCCUCGAGUCUACCAUGAACGAGUACAUCGAGCAGCGGAAGCCCUGCGACACCAUGAAAGUGGGCGGGAACCUCGACUCAAAAGGCUACGGAGUGGCGACGCCCAAAGGCUCAGCAUUAAGAACUCCUGUAAACCUUGCAGUAUUGAAACUCAGUGAACAAGGCAUCUUAGACAAGCUGAAAAACAAAUGGUGGUACGAUAAGGGUGAAUGUGGAACCAAGGACUCUGGAAGUAAGGACAAGACAAGCGCUCUCAGCCUAAGCAAUGUGGCUGGAGUCUUCUAUAUUCUGGUUGGAGGGCUGGGGCUUGCCAUGAUGGUGGCCCUCAUAGAGUUCUGUUAUAAGUCACGGCAAGAAACAAAACGGCUGAAAUUGGCAAAGAGUGCUCACAAUUUUAAGCCAACUCCCCCAACCAACACCCAGAACUUUGCCACAUACAGAGAAGGCUACAAUGUAUACGGAACAGAGAGUGUUAAGAUUUAG